AUGACAGUUAUCCUCGACAAGCGGUCUGGCGGUGAAGGCACGGUGACCGUCGACACCACCCGUACAUCACUCAACGGCUUCGGCGUAUUCGCAAUCAUCGUUUUUGCCUCGGUUUCCCUCAUCGUCAUUAAUCCUCUCCGCAUCCGUAUACCCCGCCUUGUCUCGAUCCCUCUUCGCCGUGCUGGCCGCAAGACGUGGCUCUUCCUCGCUGGGCCAUCCGAUCCCAACCCAGAGCAGCAAGAGCAAGAUGCUGUAGAAGAGCAACUUGGCUCAUCAGUGCAUGCCUCGCAUGAGGAGGAACCGAUGUACGUUACCAUCGACCACGUCUCUGCACCUCUCAUCGGCGUUCUUGUCUUGCUCGCGACCACCACAAUCGGCGGUGAACAAGUGCGCCAAGGCAUUGUAGGCGAGGACGGCAUCGAGCCAUAUGACGUGCUUGCACUCUUCAUCUCGCUAGCUUACAUCGCGAUCAGCCUCGAUGCGACUGGACUGCUUCGCUUCCUUGCGUUCCUUAUCUGUCUCAAAGCCGGUCGUCAGGGUCGUGAGGCAAAGGGAAAGACACUUUACUUUCUGCUGUACUUCUUCUUCUGGUCCGCAGGCGUGCUGGUCGGAAAUGAUCCAGUCAUCCUGUCCGGGACUGCUUUCUUGGUCUACUUCACACGUGUGGCUGGUAUCUCACCACCAGAUGCUUGGAUCUGGGCCGAGUUCGUUGCUGCCAACAUCUCAUCGGCCGUGCUGGUGUCUUCAAAUCCGACGAAUUUGGUUAUCGCAACAGGUUUCGACGUCAACUUCAUUACAUACACGGCGUACAUGGUUCUGCCUGCGUUCGGAUCUGCAAUGGGAGGACUGCUGGCUAUGAUGGUGUACUUCAGGAACAGAGACGGCGGUAGGAAAACAGAAGAUGAGGCGGAGGACAAGUCAACCAUCCGCAGGUUCGUCGAGAAAGUACCCGUGCUCGGUGACCGAUUGCGCGGCGAGCGGAGCGAAAGUAACAUCCGACAACGCUCUAACGUACCGGCUGCUGACGGCAACGCCACGCCUGGCGCGGAGCAUCCCCACACAAACACCACCCGCAAAGCACCCUCGGCCAAAGGGGUUGGAGCGCCCCCCGCAGAUCCAGCUUCAGGAAAAGCCUCAACCGCCCCCAUCACUUCAUCAGAGCAAAAAUCCAAGACGAGGCCUCCGCUCAUCUACAUCCCUGAAAGGAUCAUUCGACCCGACGUAGACCCUCGUGCAGCGCUUGUUGACAAGUUCGGUGCCAUUUUUGGCAGUAUCGUCAUGGCAGCCACUCUUGCAACACUGGUUGGAACAUCUGUGGUGGGUGGAGUCAAGGUCUUUCAGAUUGCGGUGCCGGGUGCAGUGUUGUGCUUUGUUAGGGAUGGUGUGGCUGAUUGGUUGCGAUGGCGUAGCUUGAUGCUGGAGAAGACGAAAGAGGGAGAUGGUGAGCAGAAGACGAAUGGAGACGAGGCUUCCAAGAAGGCAGCGGAGCAAGUCGAAGAGCUCGAGAUGACAGCGAUGCCCGCCACCGGUACUCGACCCGAUCUGGCUCCUGUUGAGUUGACUGGUACCAAAGCCAGUGUCGCUCCUCCCUCCGCCACUGAAGAAGCUGGAUCAUCCAACAUAACCACUUCUCCUGCUCCGGCCCGUAGCCGCAACCUCAUCCGCCAAGGCAUUCGUUUAUACCGCCAUCUCACUGAAGUCUUCCCCACCGUCAGCAUCGUCCUCUCCCGUCUACCCUUUCCCCUCCUGCCCUUCGCAUUUUCGAUGUUCAUCCUGGUCCAAGCCCUCGCUCAUGUUGGUUUCAUCAACAUCCUCGCCGCCGGCCUAGGUCGUGUCUGCGCCGCGGGCUACGUUCCCACCGCUUUCUUCAUCUCCUUCCUCGGCAUCCUACUCUGCAACAUUGGAGGCACAAACAUCGGCGCCACAAUCCUGCUCACCAAGUCUGUUCGCUCGCCGUACUUCUCGGGCAAGAUUGCGAAUCUGUCAUCGAGAGACCAAGAGCUAGUGUUGAAGGUGGCACAGUAUUCGAUUGCUUUCGGCUCGAACGUCGGUGCGCUGGGUGGUACGUUCGCGGCAAGUUUGGCAGGGUUGCUUUGGUUGGGAGGGUUGAGACAGGGAGGGAUCAGUGUAGGAGCAGGACAAUUCUUGAGAUGGUGUGCUGUGGUGAUUGUGCCAAGUACGGUGAUCGGGAUUGCGAUUAUCGUUGCUGAGGUCAGGUACUUUCAUGUUGAUGCUUAG